AACUUACCACAAGUACUAUUUAACAAAACGAGAUGGUGGUCUUCUGUUACUUGUCUCAAGUCCUUAGUACCGAUAACCGGAGAACAUAAAAAAUGACACUUAAAAAAGGUCAAUGGCUAUCGAUUGCCGGUUUGUUUUGUUCGAUCUUACCGAUCUCAGCUUCCGUGAUUGACGCCCCGCGUAAUAAUGUGGUGUCUAAUCAGUGUAUGAGUGAAGCUUGUGCUGAAGAGCGUUUGGAGACCGUCUCGCGGAUAAUGAGGUACCGCAACGAAAAAGUGAACCCUUGUGACAAUUUCUACCAAUUUGCCUGCGGAAGGUACAGAAAAACCGACAAAUCUAACGAUUAUGCUCAUCUGAUCGCUCUCAAGCACGAUUUCAUCGAAAAGCUUAUCAAAAAAGGGAUUUCUUCCGACUUUAAGCCUUACAAACUCAUCGACAACAUCUACAAGACAUGUAUGAACAGAGAACAAAUGGGCCAGCAAGCUCUUCAACUGAUGGCAGGAAUCAUCAAAAGCCUCGGAAACUGGCCAAUCUUGGACCCCAAUUGGUCUGAAGAGAACUUCGACUGGAUAGAAUUUACCAGCAACGCAAAAAAAGCUGGGUACAAUAUAAAUUACUUCCUAGAUUGGGCGCCACAGCGUCUCGCUCGUGACAAUCAAAGGAUCCUUCGUUACUCCGUUAGGAUGGCGCCGUCCUACUUUGACUACGCAAUGGAAGCAAAGACUAUCAUCAAAAGAGAGAUGUAUGCGGAUUAUAUGUUAAAAAUCGCCGGCCAAUUGGGAGCAGACAUUGGUAACGUCAUUCAGGAGCUGAACGAAGCCUUUCUGUUCGAAAACAAGCUGUAUGACAUCAUUUCCGGCAACAAGUGGAGUAAAACUGAUGACAUCAGCUUGGAAGAUUUGAAAAAACAGUGGCCUAGUAUCGACUGGAGCAGAUUCAUCGACAAAACUCUGAUUCCUUUUGUGGAAACUAACGAGGAUCCGAUUUUCACCGUGCGGAACGCUACCUCUUUAACGGAAUUCGCUCUGUUGAUGGGGAAGACUCCCAAGCGUGUGCAAGCUAACUAUGCUGUCUGGAAGCUGAUCCAAUCCUCGGUUCCAUACUUGCCUGAGGAGUUCCGGAGAACUAGGAAGAUGUUCCUGAAACUUGUAGGCUACCCUGAGGAGCCGCUCAGUAGUGAGUGUGCUCAGAUAGUCAUGACGAAUGUCAAGUACGCGGUGAUCAAUCUGUACCUGGAUCAUUAUCAAAGCAGCCAAGGGACUAUUGAGAACAUGGUCACUGCGUUGAGCAACCAAAUGAUCAGGAUGAUCAGAGAAUCUGAUCUGGAUGACGAAGCUAAGCGUGAGGGGAUCAAGGCUAUCACUGAGAUGUCUGUUGUCUUUGGAACCUCGGAGAAGCUUUCUAUCUCCAAGGAGUUGAAGAGGUUCUACGCUGACGCGCUUGUGGUCAAGAACAACUUCUUGCAGACGCUUCUGAACCUCAAUGUCUUCAGGAUGAAGAAGGACUACAGUAGCAAGGUCUUCUCUGAAGUUAUACAGCAUGAGUUUAACUCUAAUGAUCAAGCUCUUCCGGAGUACUUCGAUGGUCGUCUAUAUAUCCAGGUCCCGAUGAUUCCUAGCCCCCUGUUCAACAACAACAGACCAAUGUACAUGAACUUUGGGGCCGGAGGAUCCUACAUAGCUAUGACAAUCGCGGAAGCGAUUGUCGACCUGGGAAGGAACUCUUCCGGGAAGCUUAGGGAGCAAGCUGAGUGCUUCUCGCAUCUGUAUGAUGACCUGGAACGAACGAAUUUUACCAAUGAUAGCGAAGAUGAAGUCCUAAGGAAUAUGAUUACCCAGUACAUUGGGUUACGUGCUGCCUGGACCACUUAUCAGAGUUGGGUAGCCAAGUACGGAACUGAACCAGCUUUAGAAGGAAUCCCUUACUCUCAAGAGCAGCUCUUUUGGAUAUCUUUCGCUCAGUCGUUCUGCUCCGAGUACAAGAAAUCCAAUGAUCCUCUUGAUGGUGGCUCUUUUGGCCAAGGUGUCGUUGACUAUAAGAUGAUGAAGAUUCUAUCAAAUAUUCCCGAAAUUUCAGCGGACUUUCAGUGUCCUUAUGGGUCUAGGCUUAAUCCUGUUAAGAGAUGUUCUUGGUUGUCCAAGAUGGAACACAAUCCAUUUCAAAAGUUCAACGAGCGUGUCUUGCUCUUAGCUGUGAUAGGAUUCAUCAGCUUCCUUCCAAGCUCUUCCAGCCAGCCGUCUGAUUUAGCAGCCCGAGUGAUGAAAUAUCGCGACAGCAGCAUCAAUCCUUGCGAUAACUUCUACGCAUUCGCCUGUGGAGGCUUCACGGAAACCGACAAGGCUGAUGACUACCACCUAGGAGCGAUGGCUACUAAGAACAUGAAGAAGCUGAUCCAGAAGGGAACUGCUUCUAAUGCCAAACCAUACAAGCUGAUUGAUGACAUCUACAAGACCUGCGUCAACAAGAAUGCAAGAGGACAGCAAGCUUUAGAGCUGAUAAAGAAGAUCAUCAAGAGUUUGGGGAACUGGCCGGUGUUGGAAGGUGAUAAGUGGAAGGAAGAUGACUUCAAUUGGGUUGAUUUCACUGGCAAUGCCAAGAAGGUUGGUUACAACAUCAAUUACUUCCUGGAUUGGGAACCAAAGCGUCAUGGACUAUCAAAAUUUGAAUACGUUCUCGAGAUGUCUCCAACUGCCAUCGAAUCCUUUAUGGCGAAGAAACCUUCGCAGAAGCAAAUUUACAUGGAAUAUAGAUUAAAGAUAGCCGAACUUUUGGGAGCAACUGGAACCUUUGCUAAAGACAUGGCAGAAGCAUUAGACUUUGAAGGGAAGUUACUGAAUAUAAGUACCAAAAAGUGUCAAAUGAGCAAUUUCACUAUCCAAGAGCUCCAGCAAAAGUGGCCCAGUAUUAAUUGGAUCGAAUUCGUUGGGAAAACUCUGACACCUUUCACGGAGGCGAACAAGCCUCUAUUGAUGGUUUCGGAUCCUGCUGCUCUCACGGAACUCGUUGAUAUUUUAGCCAAGACUCCGAAACGCGUGCAAGCUAGCUACGCGAUCUGGAAGAUUGUCCAGUAUUCAGUUCCUUAUUUGACUGAAGAGUUCAGGGAUGUACAGAAGAAGUUCUAUCAGGUAGUUGGGUAUCUUGAGGAGCCUCUAGAGGAUUCUUGCGUUGAAAUGGUCAAGAAGUAUGCAGGGAUCGCUUUGCAGUAUCUUCAUUUGAGCCAGUAUCAGAGCAGCCAGGUGACAGUCAGAAAAAUGGUCGAGUAUAUUCAGAACGCGAUGAUAAAAAUGGUGGAAAGUUCGAAAACCAUGGAUGGUGUGACUAAAGAUAAGGGUGUCAAAGCUGUCAAGGGAACUCCAGUGACCAUUGGACCGAUGGAGGAAUUGAUUAUUCCUGAAGGGUUGGAAAGAUACUACGUAGGUGCGCGAGUUGUGGAAGAUAACUUACUGCAGACGGUCUUGAACUUGAAUUUGGUCAAAAUAAAGAAACCUUCUUCGUGUGUUGAUUCAGAGGAGCCAGGGAUCCCGGAUGUUGUAGAGGGUCGCUUACACGUUCCAACUACCAUGAUUCCCGGACCCUUCUUCAAUGAAACCCGACCAAUGUACAUGAAUUUCGGCGCUAGUGGCACUUAUAUCUCUACCGGACUCGCCGACUUUUUCUUCCCCAGAGAAAAUCGGAAUCAAGAUUCUGUAAAAAAACAGCUCGAAUGUUUCCAACACUACUACGAUGACCUAUCUUCCGAGACAAAGCGAAAAAACCUCCAACGCAAUAGAUUCCAUGAAGACCUGAUAGUCCAGCGUCUUGGAUUCCGCAAUUCAUGGGCCGCUUACAGGACCUACGCCGCCCAACAUGGCGCAGAACCUUCUCUUCCAGGGUUGCCUUACAGCGUAGACCAAUUGUUCUGGAUAUCCUUCGCGCAGUCAACUUGCUCACAAUACUACGAGCUGAAGGAACAAAGAGACAUCAACAACAACCGAUUCAAUGCUGUUGAGUACAUGAUGACGAAGGUCCUGUCCACUGUUCCCGAGAUUUCAGAGGCUUUCCAAUGUCCUCUUGGUUCUACUCUUAAUCCUCUUCACAAAUGCGCUUGGUAGUUUUAUAUUGAUGAAAUCUAGAGUGUAUUUCAUGUAAUCAGCUUUUAGAAUUUUAAAUAAACGAUGCAACUGUU